UCAGCUGUUGGUAUGUAUGUAUCUUCUGACAUAAUGGCAUUUUCACACAUAUAACGAACUCACAAACAUCGACAUCUUUUUUCAUCUGUCUGAAUAGUUUUGAUUUCUUUUGUGGGUGAUCGAGCAGAGAGCCGUGGAUGCAUCAAAUGAUUUGGAAAGGAGAGUCAAAUCAGUGAGGUUCAAUUCCCUUGUAUGAUCAAAAUCAAGAGAGAGAAAAUCAAAGAAGGGGUCAAGAAGUUUUAGAGAGAGAAAAUAUAUGAUGAUCAGCUAGCACUAGCACUACUAGCAAGAACAUGUAAUAUUUUCAUUUCAUACUUUUCUUCAAGAACCCGUUUCCACCUUCUUUUUUUUUUUUCUUUAAUGUAUUUUUCGUUUUCUUUUUUUUUUUUCCGUUUUUAUUUAUGUGUGAAAGAAAAAAGAGCGACAAAUUGUGUGGAUAAAUGAGUGAAUAAAGAUGGGCAUCUUUUUCCAAGCCUUUUUAGCACCUCCCUCCCUCACUCUCUCUCUCCUCACUUGUUUGAAUUUCCUUAUCUUUGAGAGAGAGAGAGAGAGAGUUGCAGACAGCCAUGGAUUUCGUGUCCGAUCAUAUAUUAUUAGACUGAAGAAAAUCACCAUUAUUUCCCACACAAACACACUCAAAACAUGCACACAGUCUAUAUCUACACCCACUUUCUUCAUACAUAAACUCAAAAUAUCCCGGUGAGUAUUAGGUCGCUCAAUCUUCUUCUUCUUCAAUUCAUUUUGGAAUAGAAAAACAAAAAAAGAACACAGACACACACAGAGUGGCCGGAAUAGUUGAUAUAUAUACAUAUUGAUGGUGUAUGGAACACGUGCACAGAGAAAUCUUGGUCACACGAGGGCUGUUCCGAUCAGAAAUUAGGUUAUCUCAUUUGUUCUAGUCAACCACAACAGUUUCCAUCACUGCCGAUGAUUUGAACGCUCUUUCUCCUACAGUUUUUAUCACAGGGAUUUAUCAAAUAAAAUAAUUUAGACGCAAAAAGUAUUUUCCUCUCAAGAUCAUCAUCGAUGGCGACGUACUAUCACGGCAACUCGGAAAUCCAAGGCGGCGGCGACGGAUUACAGACGCUGAUUCUCAUGAAUCCCGCCUACGUCGGAUACUCCGACAACAACCAGCAGCCCCAGCCGCCGUCCAGCAGCAACUUCGUAUUCCUCAACUCCAACUCCUCCGGCAACGGUCUCCACCACGCGCCGCCGCCCCACUCCCAACAUUUCGUCGGCGUCCCCCUCAACACCACCACCUCCGCUCCCACCACCACCUCGCCGCAGGACCACCACCACGACGUCUCAGUCCUCCACGGCUUCCUCCCCCGCGUCCCCUACAACCUCUACAACCUCCCUAUGGACCCCGGGGCGGCGCGUGACGUCACACGCGCCCAGCAGGGGCUCUCCCUCAGCCUCUCCUCCCAGCAGCCCCCAUCCGGCUACGGCUCCUUUAGGCCGGACGGCGUCCGGGAGGUGCCGAGCCAGCCGCUGGUGACGGCCGUGUCAUCGCCGCCGCGCUGCGACGACGUGAGGGUUUCCGGCGGAUCGCCGUCGUCAGCGUCGGGCGUCUCGAACGGUGUGAACGGUGUGCAGAGCGUUCUGCUGAGUUCGAAAUAUCUGAAGGCGGCGCAGGAGCUUCUCGAUGAAGUAGUUAACGUCGGAAAGGGAGUGAAGACGGCCGCCGAAUCGGGCAAGGCGGGUACCAACGGAGCGGCGAAGAGCAGCGGAGAUUCGGCGGCGGCGGCGGGGAGCGGAGACGGACAGAGUGGAGCUGACAGCAGCGCGAAACGUGGCGCUGAGCUGAGCACAGCAGAGAGACAAGAAAUCCAGAUGAAGAAAGCAAAGCUGGUGAACAUGCUGGAUGAGGUGGAGCAGAGGUACCGACAGUACCACCAGCAGAUGCAGAUGGUGAUAUCGUGGUUCGAGCAGGCGGCCGGGAUGGGGUCUGCCAAAACCUACACGGCUCUGGCUCUCGAGACAAUCUCCAAGCAGUUCCGGUGCUUGAAAGAUGCGAUUCUGGGACAGAUUCGAGGCGCCAGCAAGAGCUUAGGUGAAGAAGAGAGUUUGGAAGGGAAAAUGGAAGGUUCUAGACUCAAGUAUGUGGACAACCAAAUCCGGCAACAGAGAGCCCUGCAACAAUUGGGAAUGAUCCAGCACAAUGCUUGGAGACCCCAGCGAGGAUUGCCCGAGCGAUCUGUUUCCGUGCUCCGCGCCUGGCUCUUCGAACACUUCCUCCACCCUUAUCCAAAGGAUUCGGAUAAGCUCAUGCUUGCUAAGCAGACCGGCCUCACCAGGAGUCAGGUAUCAAAUUGGUUCAUCAAUGCUCGAGUUAGGCUAUGGAAGCCCAUGGUAGAGGAAAUGUACAUGGAAGAAAUGAAGGACCACGACAAGACUAAUGGAUCCUCCGAGGUCAAGGCAACAACCAAAACCGAUCAAGACAACAACAACAUGUCCACGCCCCCUUCCACAUCUCCGACAGCCACAACCAUGGCGGCGCCCGGGGGUUUCAACCUCAUCGGCUCCUCCGAAAUCGACUCCAUCACGCAAGGGGCGAGCCCGAAGAAGCUCCGGAUGGCCGACAUGCUGCACUCGCCCACCACCACCACCACCACCACCGCCAUCCCGGACAACAAGCCCGGCGCCGACGCGGACAACGACGCCAUGUCCAUCAAAUUCGGCGACAGGCAAGGCAGGGACGGCGGGUUCACCCUCAUGGGCGCUCCGGCCAACUUCAUAGGCGGGUUCGGGUCGUACCCCAUCGGGGAGCUCCGGGGGUUCGGGGCGGAUCAGUUCCAGACGACGCCGUAUUCAGGCAACGGCGUGUCGCUCACGCUGGGACUCCCGCACUGCGACAACAUCUCCAUGUCGGGGGCCCACCAGAGCUUCCUGCCUAACCAGACAAUGCAGUUAGGCAGAGGCGGCGUCGAGAUCGGAGAAGGCAACGAUUUCGGCGGCCUCAACGCCGCCUCCGCGAAUGCCCACUCCGGCAAUGUGUACGACAACAUCAACAUCCAGAGCCGGAAGCGGUUUGCGGCGCAGCUGCUGCCGGACUUCGUCGCUUGAAGUGGUGGUAGAUAAAAAAAAGGUAUAAGCAUUAGGUUGCUCUGCACGAUUGUUAUUGCUAGUGUAGACAAGGAAACAAAGUUUUUAGAUAGUAAUUAGACAUAUUUAUAUAUUAUAUAGCUAUAAUAUGUAUACAUUUUCAAGAAAACCGUUUAAGUUGUUACAGGGUCAGCUUAGGAUGUUAGGGAUCGAUCAUGUGGUUGGGGAUUGUAUAUUUAUUUUGGUUUUCUGCAGAUAAAUAGGUGAUGAUUGUGAUAAUGUAAUGUGGAGAAACUAGUUUAUUUUGGGUGGUAUACAAGAAUAAAGAGUGGUUUCACAUUUUGCUCAAAUUAAA